GCCCGGCACCCCGCUGACCUUCCUUCCCCGCGCCCUUUUGUCUGCCCGGGCAGUACCGACCCUCCGCCCUGCGUGGCCUGUCUCCGCCGGCGCCCAAGAACAUGAGCGAAGCGGACCCCGAGCAUCCGUCCUCGCCCUCCACCAAGCGGGGGCUUUCCGCGGAGGAGAUCGCCGGAGCCGAGAAGGACUGGCAAGAGGCCAAGGCUUACUACGCGGUCUACACCACCACCAAGAGACCCCUCCCCCCCAAGCCCCUAAAUGCCAUCACCAUUGCGGUAUCCUCCCGGGUUCUCUUCGACAUGGUGGAAGAGAGGAAGAUCUACGAGGAACAAGGCGUGGAGAAGUACGUGGAGUAUCAACAGGCGAAUGAGCAGAUAACGCUGAAGCCUGGGCCGGCGUUUUCCUUUGUGAAGGCAUUGGAGCAUGUAAAUGCCCGACUCCGUGAGCUUUACCCACAGGACGAAGACCUGUUUGAUAUUGUGCUCAUGACGAAUAACCAUGCCCAAGUAGGCGUGAGGCUUAUCAACAGCAUUAACCAUUAUGGUCUGUUGAUUGAACGGUUCUGUAUGACUGGAGGGAAGACUCCAGUUGGCUACCUGAAGGCAUACCUCACGAAUCUUUACCUUUCUGCUGACUCUGAAAAAGUUCAAGAAGCCAUUGAAGCAGGAAUUGCUGCUGCCACAUUGUUUACAGGGAAUAAAAAUGUCCCUCAUGACGAUAAGCAGCUCCGAGUAGCCUUUGAUGGGGAUGCAGUUCUGUUUUCCGAUGAGUCUGAAAUCAUUGUGAAAGAGCAUGGCCUGGACAGGUUUUUUGAGCAUGAGAAGAUAAAUGAGAACAAGCCUCUGGCACAGGGUCCUUUGAAAGGUUUCCUGGAAGACCUGGGAAAGCUACAAAAGAAGUUCCAUGCAAAGAAUGAGCGCUUAGAUUCCCCAAUCAGGACUUAUCUGGUGACAGCCAGAAGUGCUGCCAGUUCUGGAGCAAGAGUACUCAAGACCCUUCGCAGCUGGGGGGUGCAGGUUGAUGAAGCCCUCUUCCUCGCUGGGGCACCCAAGGGCCCAGUCCUGGCAAAAAUCAGACCACACAUUUUCUUUGACGAUCAGAUGUUCCACAUAGAGGGAGCACGGCAGUUGGGUACUAUCGCUGCACAUGUGCCAUAUGGCAUUGGGCAGAAGUACCACAAAUCCAAACUCAAAGACAAAGAUAAUGCUGCCAAAAAAUAGCUGUCUUCUACUUUAACUUCCAGUUAAGUCCGAAUUUUUUAUAUACCCAGACUGCAGAAACCUUAUGUUGUGAAAGCAUCAUCCCAGUGUCUUGAUACAUUUCUAGAUUUUUUAAAAACUCUAGACUUUUUUGAAACAAUAAAAAUACAUUAUAAGCUCCUAAA